AUGACAGCCAUUGCGAGGGACAUUCGCAAAACCUUCCCUGGUACCGACGAUGUGGUCGUGAGCUACAUCGCUGGUCUGGCGGACGACGAGGACGAGGAGGUCGAUGACAUUGUCGAGAUGACCCGCGGCAUGCUCCAGGCUGGACCAUCCAGCAGCGACAACAAGGCCCUGGACGAUUUUAUGAACCGUCUUGUCGAGUACCUCGAGUCGCAGUCGUCCAAGCGCGUUCGCCGCACGACCCAGGCCACUCGUCUCGACAAGACUGUCCACAUGCGCUCCCAGCAAAUGUCGGCCACCAUUGCCAUGUCUGGUACGGUCGACCUCGACUCGGUCAACAAGGGCCAGGCUUCGCGUGUCGACAUGGCCAAGCUGGCCAAGGCUGAGGCCAAGCUCAAGGCCAAACUCGAGAAGCGUGCCCGCCGUUCGCUUUACGAAGGCUCCAAGCUUAUCGAGGCCCAGAAGAAGCAGCAGACGUACGAGGAAAUGUUCAUGAAGGUCAACCCGCUCGACCUGUCGGGUGCUGCCAAGGGCAAGUCCAAGGACAUCCACCUCACCAACAUCGACGUCUCGUUUGCUUCCAACCGUAUCCUCGCCGGUGCUACCCUUACCAUGGCCCACGGCCGCAGGUACGGUCUCAUUGGUCGUAACGGUGUGGGUAAGUCGACCCUUCUGCGUCACAUUGCGCUCCGUGAGGUGCCCAUCCCCACGCACAUUUCGGUUCUCUAUGUCGAGCAGGAGAUUGUCGGUGACGACACCACGGCCAUCAACACGGUCCUCAAGGCCGACGUCUGGCGUCACAAGUUGAUGCAGGACGAGAUCGAGGUCAACGCCAGGCUCCAGCAGAUGGAGAAGGAGCCCCUCCCUGCCGACGCCCCCGAGGCUGUCAAGACCGAGUUUGCACGCGAGCAGGACGACCUGUCGGUUCGUCUUGGUGACAUUCAAAAGAACUUGGUCGACAUGGAGGCCGAGACGGGUCCUGCCCGUGCCGGUGCCCUUCUUGCCGGUCUCGGUUUCUCCGAGGAGGACCAGCAGCGUCCUACUUCGUCAUUCUCUGGUGGUUGGCGUAUGCGUCUCGCGCUCGCCCGUGCGCUCUUUGUCAAGCCCGACCUUCUCAUGCUCGACGAGCCUUCCAACAUGUUGGAUCUCAACGCCAUUGCGUGGCUCGAAGACUACCUCCAGACGUGGCCUGGUACCAUUCUCGUUGUCUCGCACGACCGCGCGUUCCUCGACGCCGUCGCGACCGACAUUGUGCACCAGCACUCGCAGCGCCUCGACUACUACAAGGGCAACUUUACCAACUUUUACGCCACCAAGCAGGAGCGUGCGCUUGCCCAGAAGAAGGAGUACGAGACCCAGCUCGCCUACCGCCAGCACCUGCAGGCGUACAUCGACCGUUGGCGUUACAACGCCAACCGUGCCCCACAGGCCCAGUCGCGUAUCAAGAUUCUCGAAAAGCUCCCCGAGCUCGAGCCUCCCGAGGAGGAAGACGCCAGCGAGCGUUUCCGUUUCCCCGACCCGGAGAAGAUUUCGCCCCCUCUCCUGCAGCUCGACGAGGUUACCUUUGGAUACACUCCCCAGAAGAUCAUCCUUGGCGGCGUCAACGUCGAUGUUGGCCUCGACUCGCGCAUGGCCAUCAUCGGUCCCAACGGUGCGGGUAAGUCGACGCUCAUCAAGCUCCUCACCGGCAACAUCCAGCCGCAGAAGGGUACCGCGACGCACAACUCGCGCUGUCGCAUUGCCUACUUUACCCAGCACCACGUCGACCAGCUCGACCUGACCAUGACCUCGGUGCAGUUCCUGCAGCAAAAGUUCCCCGGAAAGACCGAGCAAGAGUACCGCUCCCACCUGGGCCAGUUUGGUAUCACGGGUCUCACUGGUCUGCAGCGUAUCGGCACCUUGUCCGGAGGUCAAAAGUCGCGUGUGUCGUUUGCCGUCCUGUCCAUGCUCCGCCCGCAUAUCCUGCUCCUCGACGAGCCCACGAACCACCUCGACGCAGAGGGUCUCGAUGGCCUCGCCGAGGCCGUCAAGGCGUUCAAGGGCGGUGUCAUCCUCAUCUCGCACGACGAGCGCUUCAUCAACGCCACCGCCGACCAGCUCUGGGUGUGUGCCGAGGGCACGCUCUCAAAGUUCAAGGGCGACGUCGCCGCGUACAAGAGUCUUAUUGUCAACCAGCUCAGGGCAAAGCUCAGGCCCAUCUUAUUGGAUCAAUCUGGCGUAGAUGGUGGCAUGUGUCUAUGGUACUGGUACUGA